GAAGCGUCCGGGGCUCAGUCGGGCAGCGGCGGCCGCGGCGAGCGGAGCUCCGGGGCCGCCAUGGCCGCGGGGACGGCGGGGGCUGUCACGGCCGAGCCGCCGCCGCGCCUGGGCCGCCUGCCCGGCGGAGCCGGCACCGAGCGCGCCCUGGAAGAAGCAGAAGCCUCCGGCACCCUCAGCCUGGCCGGCCGGCGGCUGCGCGCCUUCCCCGCGGCGGCGGCGCGGCGCUGGGACCUCAGCGACACCACGGAGGCCGACCUGUCCCGGAACCGGUUCGGGGAGGUGCCGGAGGCCGCCUGCCGCCUGGUCUCGCUGGAGGGGCUCAGCCUGUACCACAACUGCCUGCGCAGCGUCCCCCCCGCCAUCGCCAACCUGCAGGCGCUGGCUCACCUGGACCUCAGCCGCAACCAGCUGAGCUCUCUGCCCUCCUGCCUGUGCCUGCUGCCCCUGCGCGUCCUCAACGCCAGCAACAACCGCCUGGCGCAGCUGCCAGCGAACCUGGGGGCUCUGAGCACGCUGCGCCAGCUGGACGUGGGCUGUAACCGGCUGCGGGCGCUGCCGCCGGGGCUGGGGCGGCUGCGGGCGCUGCGGGACCUGAGCGUGCGGCGGAACCAGCUGACGGCGCUGCCCGACGAGCUCUCGGAUCUCCCCCUGGCCCGCCUGGAUUUCUCCUGCAACCGCGUGGUCGCCAUCCCUCGCUGCUUCCGCCGCCUGCGGCACCUCCAGACCCUGCUGGCCGACAACAACCCCCUGCAGUUCCCCCCAGCCCAGAUCUGCCUGAAGGGCAAAGUCCACAUCUUCAAGUACCUGGAGGCCGAGGCUGCCGCCCCCGCUGCCCCAGCAUGCCCCCCGGACGAGCCGUGUCCCCGCCUCCGGCCGCGGGGGGGGCUGGACUCCGGUUUCCACAGCGUGGACAGCGGCAGCAAGCGCUGGUCGGGGAACGAGUGCACGGAGGAGUCCUUGGAGCCUCGGCAGCACAGGGAGAGGCACAGUGGGGCAGCUGGUGACAGUGACCCGGAGCAGCUGGAGGAGGAGCCCCCCCCCGAGGAGCAGCAGAGCCGGACCCCGGGCGGUGACACCCCCAGGGGGGUCCCCAGUUCCUGGCAGCACCCCAAGAACCUGGAGGGGCGGAGGGAGAGAGAGGGGGAGAGGGAUUGGGACAGGACCCACCCCCAGAGACCCCCCCAGACGCCGCCGCCGCCGGGCCGCGGGCAGCGGGAGCUGAUUGCUGAGAUGCGCCAGAGCCUGGAGGCGCUGCUGCAGCUGCGGCUGCCGGAGGAUUUCGGGGACUCGGAGCUGCUGGGCCGGGUGGGAGCCAGGCUGCGGCCCUGGGCUAGCCCCCCAGGGUCCCGCCGGGCGCAGCCGCCCCGAUCGGGGGGACCCGAGGUGAAGCCCCCCCGGCCCCGCCGCGCCCCCCCCCGGCUGCUCUUCGCGCUGUUCUACGCGGCGCUGCUCGCGCUGCUGCUGGCGGCACAGAGCGCGCUCCGCCCGUGAGGGGGGACCC